AUGGGGAACUCUCAGGGAAAACCAGUGGCCUACACUGACGAGGUCAACCUCAAUCAUUUCCGAUUGCUCCGCGUCGUCGGCAAAGGAGCCUUUGGCAAAGUCAGAAUCGUCGAACGAAAAGAUUCAGGUUUGACUUUUGCCUUGAAGUACAUUCGAAAAGAAGAAGUGGUCCGUUCAGAAAGUGUCCGAAACAUCAUCCGUGAACGCCGCAUGCUCGAGCAUCUCAAUCAUCCGUUUCUGUGCAAUUUGCGAUAUAGUUUUCAAGAUAUUGAGUACAUUUACAUCGUUGUCGAUCUUAUGAAUGGCGGUGAUUUACGUUUCCAUAUCUCGAGAAAAUGCUUCACCGAAGAAGCCGUACGUUUUUGGAUGGCAGAACUUGGCUGUGCAUUGAGAUAUAUUCACUCGCAAGGCAUCGUUCAUCGUGAUCUCAAACCCGAUAAUGUUCUUCUCGAUUCGCAAGGACACGUCCAUUUGGCUGAUUUUAACGUCGCGUCUGACUACAAGCCUGGAAAACCAUUGACGAGCAAAUCUGGAACACUAGCGUAUCUGGCACCUGAGGUUUACGAAGGCGGCGGGUACUACUUUGAAGUCGAUUGGUGGUCUUUGGGAGUUACCUUCUAUGAAUGCAUAUACAACAAGCGCCCAUUUGAAGGCCGUAGUCAGGAAGCCCUCACCGAGGCCAUCGUCAAAGCACAACCGAAAUACUACGCUACGAMCCCCGCCGUGUCGAUCCCUUGUCUACGAGCCAUGUCUGCUUUGAUGGAAAAAGACCGCAGCAAGCGAAUUGGCGCAACUGGUUUCGAAACCUUCACAUCACACAUCUUCUUUGCCGACAUUGACUUUGAAGCUUUGGAGAGAAAGGAGAUCGACCCUGUCUUUACGCCCUCAAGUGAAAAGACCAAUUUCGAUGCAACAUACGACUUGGAGGAACUCCUUCUAGAAGAGGCACCCUUGGAAGCCAGAGCUAGGAGACAGAAGCCUCGUGCUGAAUUACGAGAUGAUGCGACAGCCAAGGAGAUCCGUGAAGAUGAACUCCACCGUAUAAUUGAGACCAUGUUCGAACCUUUCGACUACACGCAGGUCAAUUAUAAUGGGUAUGACUGGGAUCAGGUUACCAACCACACAGAGGAAACUAAUGCGUCGUUAUCUAGUAACGCGGCCGCUGCUCUGGCUGCAUCUUGCAAUCCUGAAGAUCAACUUCCCUCCACAGGCACUAACACCGGAUCCGGAUCAGUCCACUCCCGACAAAUGUCUCAUUCUAACUCUAACUCUGUGAGCGGAACAUCUCCUCCUCAACACGGGGAUAGAUCUUUUGUUGCCAAUCAAACAACAAACUCGGUUGCUGCAACAUCAGCUCCCGACGAAGAGCGUCUCUCCACAUCAUCCCGGACGAACCGCCCUCCUGUGACUUCAGCUCCUCCAGUUCCACAGCAUCCUACGUCUUUCAGCCGACCGCUGCCGCCGCUACCACCUAAUCUACGACAGAAAGGUGCUACUCGAAAAAUGAGCAAAGGUGGCGGCGUUCAGAUGGUGUUGGAAGAGUCGGGGAGCUGGAGCGAGCUUGCAGAUCAGAGUGCUACCCUUCCGGCAGAAGGGUACGAAGGUCUCCUCAGCAAAGGACAGAAGCCACCAAACAGUGGUAUGCUGGCAUUCUUGAGUCGUAAGAAGGGACGCGAACGCAGCCCCAAGCCUACUGAGCCAGGAGUUCUCGGUAAGGAGGGUGCUCGUCAUAUCAUUUCCGGGUGA